AUGUGCUCUAUUUCAGCAUUCAAUUCGCGGAUGCCGCACUUUAAUGGCUCGUACAAAAAGCUUAGCCAUGCCCAAAAGGAAUGGAUUCGAUGUCCCAGAUGCAUUACGAAGAAUCUAAAACCUAUCAAUAUGGGUAAAAAUGAAAAAGGUGCUACAAUGUUGUGGUGGAUUUGUGAAAAUUAUAUGACAUGCAACUUUCCACUGGAUAUGUCUGCCGAAGUUUACAACGUCGAACAGACAUCCCAGCAGGCGCAGGACGAGUUAUACCCUCUACCAAGAAUACCCAAACUUGCUCCUAAAUUCCAUUAUAUGUACCCCAUAACAUUUCGGGAAAGCGAACCUAGGAGUCCAAGUGUAGCAAGCCUGCGCAACUCUUCAAGCUCGGGCACCGGUUCUACCAGUUCAGUUGAACAUUUCGAUUGUUCAAGUUUGUCCAAUCCAUCUUUGGUUUCGGAAAUAGAAGAGCAAUCCACUUCAGAUCAAAAGAAAAGUAUUCGAACAAGAUCGGAAUACGACAGCACUGUCCCCUCUACGUCAAAGACCGCUACGACCGAAUACGACCUUAUCGAAGAUGAUAUGGAAAGGGAUUUGCUUGAAUCGGAAAGAAAGAAGAAUCCCAUACGAACUGUUAGAAGGAAAAACAUAAAAACCAAAUCGUGGAAAAAACUCAUUGAUGAAAUUGCUGACGAUGAGCACAUAUCGAGUGAAAUACUCAAUAUGGAGGAGUCAAAACUGGUCGAAAAUAUGAGAAAAGUACUCGCAGAAAUGAUGAGUUGUCGAAAACCAGUGAAUUUUUCACUCAAAGCUCGGGCUAGUACAUUUCGGAUAGAUGAUAUUGAGCAGGCUUUGCGAAUAUGUCCGUUUGAUGUUGACUGGCAAGAAGCGCGAAAAAAAAUGUUUGAUUCGGUGGAUGCAACUGGGGCAAAACGAAUUGCAAUGAAAUAUGCAAAGUCUGGGCCAGACCUUCUAGCUGCGAUGGGAGUAAACUUUGAAGUGAGCGAAUCACGACGUGACGAAUUGGUCAGGAAAAGAGCGGAGGCUCUUCAAAAGCGUGUUGAACGUGUUCUUUAUUCUCUUGCUCAUCCUGAACCGAAUGACUCUGAAUCUGCUGUUAAGCGAAGAAAAAUUGACGAAUCUAAUGAACAGACGACGGCGAUAAAAAUUGCAGAAAGCGCUAGAGCACGAAUUUUGGAUAAGAUGAAACGCAAGAGAUCUGCGCCACCAGAAUUUGUUGCUCCCGUGCUUCAAGAAAAAGUGCAAUAUGAACAGCAAGUGCAACCUCUUUCGACGUAUGAGGACGAUCCGUUGGCAUUGAAUCUUGAUGGUUUAUACGACGAUUUCAAUCGAGAAAUUAAUGACGAUAAUGUUUUCAAUAAGCCACACUAUGAUUAUUAUGAAGAACCAACACAGGAGCGGGAACCACCAGCUCUUCAUUUAGAUAGAAAUUCACUUAAUAUGGAUUACGAAGUCUGUCGCAAAAUUUGGGAAGGACAAGUCCCGGUUGAAUUCACUCUUCAGACCGAUGACAAUCUUGAGCAAGUUCCGUAUUACUCGAUGCUUCCGAGAUGCUCAUAUUUCCCAGUUGUCCUACAAAAGGUUUUAAAUUUCUUCUCGAUUGAUUAUGAUGGUAAACUCGAAUAUGACAAAAUUUGGCUCGAAUCGAAUGGGACUCCGAUGAAAUUGCACUUACCGAUUGGAGUUCUUCACGAUUUGGUGCACGCUUCUGAAUCCGUUUGGCAAAUUGCUAUUCGCACAUCAGCAAUGCCUAUUGGAUAUGUUCCUUUGAAUAAAGAAGGCUUAGAAUGUGUAUUUAUGCAAAGCAUCAAAGAGGCGGAUUAUUUGAAGAAAAAGGGUCAGACAACGAGUCAAAUGCGAAAGGAAGAUCAAUUCCUAUUGUGGAAUUCUCUUGUCACUGCUCAUUUCAAUGAUUUUUGGAGCAUUAAUAAAAAGUUUAUGGAUACGACAGACAAGGAUUUUGAACAUAUUCCGAUUCGAGUAUACGUAAGGGAUAAACCGUUCAAACAAGCUUUGCUGAAGUCCCACGAUAGCGAAGGAGGUCUUCGUACGAUUGGCGAUGCGGUCUCGCAAAUAUUGGGACCCGAUGACAAGCGUUUAUUGGUCACACAUGGAAUAACGUUGCCCAUCGAAACGCCGAUUAUUUUUGCUGCCAAGAAUUUGGCGUACCCUGAUAAUUUUGUGCACAUCGCUGUUUCUUAA